AUGUACCAUGGCAUUGGGAUGAUCAAUGUCAAACUGCUUUUGACGAACUGAAAAAUAUUCUUAUUUCAAAACCAGUCUUACAAUUGUAUGAUCCAAAUAAACCUUGUCAUGUUUUUGUUGAUGCAUCACAGAUUGCUGUGGGAGCUGUUUUGAAGCAGCCAGAUGAAAGUAAUUUAACAAAAUAUCUGAAAAAUGCGAGUGAAAUUGUGGAAAAUGUAAUCAGAUCAUUGGAAAAGGAAAUUAGGCAUCUAUAUGCUGAGUUGAAUAUUUUUGAAAAAAGCCAAAAUCAGUUUACAACUGAUGUUCUUCAACUGCUUUUAACUUGUCAAAAUUUUUGCAGUGAAAAUCUGAAAGCAGAAUUCAAAGAAAUGAACGAUUUGAAAUUUCAAAUUCAAAUAUUAACAAGAGGUAGCAGUGAAAAAUCAGAUGAAUCUGAUGACGAUGGCAUACUAAAUUAUAAUGGAGCAAAUUUUGUUUCCGAUGCCACAGUAAUUUUAGAGCAUAACGAGGAGUUACAGUCUGAUGAAGAUGCUUAUGAUCAAGAGGGAAAUGAAGUUAUAGCUGCUUGUAGGAAACGAAUGAAAAUUUUGCUUAUCUACAACUCAGAAGCAUUAAGUUUCAUAGAACCUGAUUUGCAAAGAUUGGAAAGCACCAUGGAAGUUUUGAAACAAAAAAAAUCAAGCAUUUUUAAUAUGUGUAAAGACAUCAUGUUUCAAACUGUCAGUAAAAGAAAUGAAGAAAUUAAAAGCAUGAAUUUUGGUCUCACAUGUAUGAAAUGCAUGCGAUCCACAGGGGAAGAAGAUAUUAUUUAUGCCUGCAAAAAUGUUUUUGAGAAGGAGUUAGAAAAGAGAAAACAAGAAGUUGCACAAAUGCAAUAUGAUUGGGAAAAAUUUAAAUCUGAAAAUGAAGUUUUACCUCUUGUAUCUAUAUGUGCAUCACAUUUAUUGUCAUCUCUAGAGAAAAGACUGCAAGAAAUACCUCUAAUGAAUAAAUAUUUGGAUUCAUUACAAACUGAAGGUGAUAUGCUUAGUGAAGUACUUUCUCCAGCUUUUCAGUCAGUAGUAGAUAAUGAUGAAAAAGUAUUGGAACCUUUAACAUCUGAUUUGAGAAGAUUAAGAAGAAUUCAGAGUACAUCAGAAAGUGAGAGUCUAAAAAUAAAGAAGGCUUGUCAGAGCAUAUGCUAUAGUGCAUUGGAAAUGCUUAAAAUCGAAUUUGAAGCUGUUUCAUAUGAUAUUGAAACUCUGAAGGAAGUUAAACCAGUUGAGAAAGAAGUUGUACAUACAGAAGGAAAAGAAAUGGUUGUUUCAUUUGGAGACCUCUUUCUUGAAAUUUUUCAUGCAAAAAAAGAUGAACUUGUGAAAUAUAUUCGUAAAGCAAAUAUUGAGGAAAACAUGAAGGGGAAAAUUAAACUUAUCUUGGCUGUAGCAGAAGGUGCAAAUACUGAAAAGAAAACAGAAAUUGCUUCAAACAGUGUGUUAUCAGAUACUGAUACGGCAAAGUCUGAUGAUAUAAGCAGUGAAAUUUGUAUGAAAAAUGUAAAUUUGCUUAAAAAAAUUAUACUUUACUUUGAUGUAACAAAAGAAGAAAAAAGAAAAAUUAUGGAGGAACUUUUAUUGAAGGAAUUUGAAGAACUUGGAAGUAAGCUUACAAUUAAAGUGGAAGAUAAUGUUGAGGAUGUGAAAAUCGAAAAGAAAGAAGAUGAAGAUAUUCUACCUGCAAAGUCUGAGACAUUUGUGAAUCGUGUAUAUGAAGUAAAAGUUCAAGAAAUUGAAGAAGAAGUUACUUCAAAAAGAAAGAAAAUUAAUGAUGUUAUAAUGAAUAGGAAAGCAAUUAUGGAAGAUAUCAUAAAAUUAAGGAAACAAGAAAUGGAAGACCAUGUUAUUUUAAAAGAGAAAGAAAUGCGACGUGUGAUCGAUUCCAUCAAGAUAAAAGGUUCACAUCCAGUCUGUACUCUUCAGGAUCUUUUUAAUAAAAUAGUGGAUUUGAAAGAAAAGCAAGAAACUCCGCAGUUUCAUAGCAAAAAUAAGAAAAUUUUAAAUGAAGAAUUUCAGACAAUUAAUAUAUCCAUAAGUUUAAGAAACUUCAUGGAUGUUGCACUUAAUUUAAAAGAAGAAGAACUAGAAAUGCUGAAACAAUCCAAACAUAAAGACAUAGAGAAAUCAUUGAAUUUAAUGAGGAAAGAACUUGAUGGUGCCAUCUUUAAUGCAAAAGGAAAACUUGAAGAGGCACUUAAAGCCUAUCAUCAACAUGAGAAGUCUAGAGCAAUGGAAUAUGCCACAGCUUCAGGAAAGUCUAAAAUUCAGUCAAAGGAAUAUAUAAUCAAUGAAGAGGAGAUUUUUCCAGAUGUUGGAUAUUUUAAAGAAGCCAUAAAAAAGUUUGAAUCAUCUGCAAAGUCUCAAGCAAAACAAAAAGAUUUAUCAUUUUCUACAGAACAAAUUAUUAGAAAUAAAAUUUCACGUACUGCAUUGUCUAAGAAAUUACAAUCAGUGCAAAAUGUAGCUGAGCCCCUUUUGAAAUUAUUUCAAAUGGAAGUGGAAUCUCUUAAAAAAGUACUCUAUGAUAUGGAUGUAGACAAAGAGAAAGCUGUUUCACAUGGGAUAUCUUUCACAGAUGUUGAAGCGAGGUUGAAGGAAUUAUCUUCUAAAACUAUUCAAAAGGAAAUUCUUUUAGAUAUCUCUGCAGUCUUAAACAAGAAUACGAGUUUGCUGAUGUUAGGUUGUUUUAUGGAUGACAAAUGUGAUAUUGCAUUAAAUUUAGGAAAAAAUUAUGGUUUGGUUUAUUUUGAAAAAACUGAAAAAAUUGGAAAAUGGACUGAUACUGAUGAAAAAGAGGUAGCUGUUGAGGUUGGACUGCAAAACUUUGGAUUAGAUGAUUGUUUAGAUUCCAUUACAACAAAAUUUGAUUUGGACGUUCCAACUGCACAGUAUAGAAGUUCCAAGUUUGAAAAAUUUAUUACUGAUGCUGGUUUGCUUCAGCAAAUCCGAUUUGUAUUUUUAGAACUGCACCAUCUACAUUUACUCUGUAGGAGAUGUAAUUUAGAGCAGUCCUUCCAAGAUAUUGGCAUACCAUUUGAAAAUGUGCUCCAACUUCUUUGUACCAGAAAGGAUUCUAAUGUUCUUCAAGCAAUUCCAGUUACUUCUGGCAAUCCUACGGCGGACGAUGUUUCAGUUGCAGGCUAUGUGAUAAAAAUCAUUCUGCUUCGGGGAGCUUUGUUAACAUCAAUUCUUAUAGCUUCUAUUUUGGAAAAACUAGAAAGACAAACUAUCACAAUUAUUAUGAACAGUCUUUUUAUUCAAGAGUGUUCUGAGUAUCAAAAGCAUGUAAAAAUAUUUCUGUCAGCUCUUGUUCCUGGUAAAAAG